UUAGUGUAUAUAAGUUUCUACACAGUCUGUAAAGUAAUAUCUUACAUGUUGUAAAAUAAUUUGUUUUUGCCCUAAAAUACAAAGUGUAAAUUUUUGAUUUGUUAUUCCUGAUUGAAAAUCAUGAAGGUUAUCCCCAAAUGGAUUGGCUUAGGGCCUGUAUACUACGAGAUGGAACUUGAAAACACAGAGUGUGAUUCACCUCAUCUCCUAGAGAACUUCCGCCCUUUGGCAUUCUUGUGUAAAAUAAGCCUGGUUUUACCAAUAAAAAAUAUUUUGAAACCUGACAGCAGUUUGAGUUUUAAACUUGCCAGCUUUGAAGUGAUCAGUGCAAUGUUGUUAAAUCCUUGCAUAGGAUAUAUUUUGGUUUCUAAAAUCCACUACGAUGAUGACUUCAAACCCAACAUCAUCAGGGAAGCUGCAGCUUACCUGGUUUCCAACACCUUCUUUAUGUUCGGUCAACAAACAUUUUUGAGCCUCAUUGAAAAAAUAGAUCGCUUCGACUUCUCCUUGAGUUUUUGCUCAAAACUCUGUUACUUCAAGAGUGUAAGUAAGUACGUCUGGGUGUUGAUCCCUUGCAUAUACCCAGUUGUGUUGGUAUCAGUAGUCGGCUUCUCUUUGUAUAAUGGAGAGUCCUGCACUCAGUACAGAUGUCCACUGAUGGAGCUCGUCAGAGGGUUCUUUCGCUAUCAGCAUCACCUACAAAUUACGAUCUUCAUGUUCUUCUGCUAUGAGAUCAAGCUAAGAUUCAAAACAUUGAAUGUAGCCUUCUACGACUUUGUGAAGACCUCGUACCUCGGCAAGAAUGUGACAGUGAGCAACCACUCUCAGCUGGAGAAUUAUCGCCUGCAGUACGCUUGGCUCAUCCAGUGCACCAAAACUCUCAAUGAUGUGUUCGGUUGGAGGUUCGUAUUCAUGUUUGCAGUUAUCAUCCUGAACGCUAUCUGGCUGCUGUACUUCUACUACACUGAGGAAGGUUAUGUCAUAACUGGGUUUGAUGUUCUAACUCAGAUCUUUAACUUUGCUCUACUGCUCAUCUUGACCCACAACACAGACUUGAUGGUUAAGGAGAGCCAGCGAAUAGAUGGUUACCUCAUGGAAAUUCCAACUCAGGAUCUUGAUUGGGCAACAACAUUUCAGCUGGAUCAUACCUUUCACCAGUGUGAAAUGUUUCAAGUGCACAUGUCAGCAAGUGGAAUGGUCUCAGUUGAAAAAUCACUGCUGUUGGGUAUGGCUGGGGCAAUCACUAUGUACUACAUAGCCAUUCUUCAGAUGACUACCACGGAGGGAUCCUUCACAUGGUAGAUGGGUUCAUGGUAGAAACUCGUUUUACUCAACCACAUGUAGUAUACACUGGACAAGCACUCCAGAUUACUUUAAAGUGAUGCAACUUAAAACCUUAGUUUUUUAAAAUUUUAUAGCCAUAGCCUUUAAGAUAAUUUCCCUGAAGAUAUGAAAUAAAAACCUUUUAAAUCUUUAUUUCAAUAAUACUUGGUAUUAUGUAUAAUUUUCUUUAUAAAAACAACAAUAUUCUCUAAUAUGCUACAG